AUGGACGCGGCCAACGACAGCACCUUCGGCCAUUUCAUCCUCGUGGGCUUCUCUGCCCGGCCCCAGCUGGAGAGGGUCCUCUUCGCGGUCCUCCUGCCCGCCUACCUCCUGACCCUGCUGGGCAACGGCACCAUCAUCCUGGUGUCCAGGCUGGACCCGCACCUGCGCACCCCCAUGUACUUCUUCCUCACGCACCUGUCCUUCCUGGACCUCAGCUUCACCAGCAGCUCCAUCCCACAGCUGCUCUACAACCUGAGCGGGCAGGACAAGACCAUCAGCUCUGUGGGCUGUGCUGUGCAGCUGGUGCUGUUCCUGGGCCUGGGCGGUGUGGAGUGCCUCCUGCUGGCCGUCAUGGCGUAUGACCGCUUUGUGGCGGUCUGCAAGCCCCUGCACUACAUGGUGGUCGUGAGCCCCAGGCUCUGCAUGAUUUUAGUGUCUCUUGCGUGGGGCUGUGGUGUGGCCAACUCUUUGAUUAUGUCCCCAACGAACCUGUGGUUACCCCGCUGUGGGUACCGCAGGGUGGACCACUUUCUCUGCGAGAUGCCAGCCCUCAUCGGGAUGGCCUGUGUCAACACAGCCAUCGUCGAAGGCAUUGCCUUCAUCCUGGCAAUAGGCAUCGUGCUGUCCCCGCUGGUGUUCAUCUUGGUUUAUUUCUCUAUCGUGAGGGCCGUGCUAAGCAUGCAGUCAUCCUCAGGAAGGCACAAAGUCUUCAACACCUGUGGCUUGCACCUCACCGUGGUCUCGCUUUUCUACAGAAACAUCAUCUAGUACAUGCAGCCGGGAAACAGCUCCUCCCAGGACCAGGGCAAGUUCCUCACCCUCUGCUACAACAUGAUCACCCCUCUCCUCAACCCUCUGAUCUACACGCUCAGGAACAAGGAGGUGAAGGGGGCACUCAGGAGAAUGAUCUUGGAUGCUUUUGAAGUGGGGGAAUACAGGAGUGCCGUGAGAGAGGGCAAACUGCCAGGCAGGAGGGCCUCAUGUGCAGGGCCAGAGAGUAGGGUCUCUGACCUGUUCUAUGCCACCACUCUCUCCACCUACACCCAGCCACACUCCUUGCAUUCUUCUGGGAGGGACAAGGUGGUGGCUGUGCUCUACUCAAUUGUCACCCCUGUUCUGAACCCAUUUAUCUACAGCCUGCGGAACAAGGAAGUCAUGGGAGCCCUGAGGAGACAUUUGGGAUGA